GACAAGCAGUGAGAAGGAGCAAAGUAAGCCGCAGCCUUCGCAAGCAUCCCAUGGCCGACGGAUCUCGGCGCUUCAAUUUCUCCGAGGUUCCCCAAGUUGCGAUCAUCUCCGCUGGAAGUUGCGGAGCUUUUGCUGGUUAUCACACUUAACACAUUGAAGCAGGCAGGCUUAUUCCUGAAUCACUACUGGGCUGUUGACCACUGAAUUUUUCAGCGCAUUCAUAUCCAACCUCUCAGUCCUCUCAAGUGAGGUCGUCGUCCGUGUUUUCACCCCCACUUCCCACCAGGACUUCCAACUCAUAUCGAGCAAUACACACCGAGGAUGCUCCCCCUUGGACUUUUGACGGCCGCGCAAGGCCAUCCCAUGCUUGUCGAACUCAAAAAUGGCGAAACGCUGAACGGACACCUUGCCAAUUGCGACAACUGGAUGAACUUAAUACUUAAGGAAGUUGUCCAGACCAGCCCCGAAGGUGAUCGGUUUUUCAGACUCCCAGAAGUGUACAUCCGAGGAAACAACAUCAAAUAUCUACGGAUCCCCGAAGAGAUUGUGGAAAUAGUGAAGGAGCAACAACUAAACCAGCCGCCGAACCGCGGUCGCGGUGGCCACCGGGGCGACAGAGGCGACAGGGGCGGCCGCGGUGGUCGCGGUCGUGGUCGGGGACGCGGCCGGGGCGGCAACUAGGACUGGAUGACAACUUGUUAAAUGAGAAAAGAUGAAGAUAGAUACCCCGGGGGAGAACAAGCAGGUGGUUUUGCUAGGGAGAUCCAUUAGGCGGGUUAGUCGAGCAUGGCCUUGGCGUAUAUGGCUCUGUAUUUUCAAUGGGAAUUGUGCCAUCUAUGCUAUUUUUAAUUGGGAACACUUUUUUUUU